AUGUCUGCUGAAAAUUUAAUAAUUUUUUACAUUGGAAUAUUAAUGCUACUUUCUAUCAAACAGACUUCUACGACUGAUUGCAAAAUCACCAAAGGAGAUUGCGUCGCAGAUGAUAGGAGGGUAGACCAGUUCUGUAAAGGAAGCUGUUUCACAAUUCCUCAGCAUUGUGAAAACCAUAAAGGAGCUGACUUAUUUGGAAAAGACCAAAAGUUCCAGUGUCACUGUAAAAACAUUAGUAACUGUGGUUUCCGGAUCCAUAGUAAAUGUGAAGGAGGAUGCUUACCUGGAUAUAAAGAGCCAUAUUGCCAAACACGGAAAUAUCAUGAAUUCAUAAAGAAUGAGUCUAGUAAGACAAACAAGCAUUCGUAUCUGUUUUCCUCUGAUAACAAAAAGGAAGUGAAACCUCCAAUGAAAAUACGAUUUAGGAACAAAUACAGAUUUAAUACAGUAGAAAUUUACAGUAAUUAUUCUGAUGCAACAAUGAAGGUUACGUAUCCGAUCGGAAUGGACUGCAAACUAAACUCAAAUGGAAGCAAGACAAUUUGCACUGGUGAUGUUUUGGCUAGAGACUUGUAUAUCGACGGGAAGGCAGAAUUUUAUCGUAUUACAUUAUAUGGAUGUCCACCAGUAUUGUAUGGAGAAGACUGCAUCAAUGAAUGCCAUUGUUCUCGAGGAGAAUCAUGUCACCAAAUUUCUGGAAUCUGUAAGAAUGGCUGCGAAGAUGGAUGGUAUGGGGAGAAGUGUGACAACAAAACAUACGUUAAUAUUGCUCAAGGUAAAAACACAAAUCAAUCAGCAAUUGCGUCCAGCCAAUUCUUUUUCCACAAUGGAAAAUGUGAGUCGAAGGACUCAUAUACGAGAUCUGACAAGGCGGUUGACGGUAAUUUUGACCCUGCAUUAAUACACGGAUCAUGUGCACAAACUCAACCACAAAAAAAUCCGUUUUGGCAAGUGACAUUUGAUAAACCAUACAUGAUAUCUCAACUGAGAAUAUACAAUCAAAUGGCAGACCGUUUCAGGUUGAAAAAUUUUAAAGUUUUUCUUGGACCAACACUUUGUUUUGAAAGUAGGUAUCAUGAACACACGGAACAAGUAAUUCAUAUUAAAUGUGAAAAACCAGAAAAUACAAGUAUUGUCAGAAUAUCGUUAGAAGGAAAGGAGAAACAGCUUACUCUAUGUGAAGUGGAAGUAUUACAAUGUGUUGAUGGAUUCUAUGGAGAUAUGUGUAUGGAACGUUGCAAAUUUUGUGAAGGUUCUAAAUGUGAUCAAGUCGUGGGUUGUAAGCAAGGUUGCGUUAAAGGAUAUUACUGGGACAAGUUUUUCAGGAAAUGCGAAGAAUGUUCCAGGGGCUUGUUUGGUCAAAAUUGCCAAAAGCUUUGUCAUUGUUCCCAAACAUGUGACCACAUCACUGGAUCGUGUCCAGGCAAAUGCAAUGAAGGGUUCCAUGGAUCCGACUGCCAAGAAGGAUCCUUUCAAGAAGAAAAAACUGAGAAUAACCUGGUUUUUGUGAUAGUUCCAUUGGUUCUGUUGAUGGUCCUAAUCACGGUAAUGGCGGUUGCAAUUUGGUAUUGGAAAAAAAGGCCAGUUGCAAAACGUGAUGUGAGAAUUCCCAAAAUAUCGGGAAAUAUAUUAUCAGAAGGCAUUUCUGAAGAGACAGCACAUCUCUCUGGAGAAAUACCGUUGGACGAAUGCCAGAGUAUAUGCAUCAUCAUGGCCGGUUCUUCGUUUAGGCAAAAUCUACUGGAAUAUGUUGCACAUAAAAAACAGGAAGAGGAACCAUUUAAUAAGGAAUUCCAGAGGCUACCAAAACUCUUUCCAAUGCCUUAUAAUGAAGCAAUGAAACCUGAGAAUGCAAAGAAGAAUCAGUAUAAAACUAUACUUCCAUACGACCAUUCACGUGUGAGACUUCAACCUGACGAGAUUUCUUCCUCAGAUUACAUCAAUGCAAACUUCAUCUGUAACCAACGUUAUAUUGCUUGUCAAGGUCCUACACAAAGUACAGUAACAGACUUUUGGAGGAUGAUUUGGCAAUUAAAAUGUAAUACUAUUGUUCUACUAAAAGAUAUGAAUGUCUCAGGAAAGACGAAAUAUAUGCAGUAUUGGCCGGAUGAAAAGAAUACUGAGACAUUUGGUACCAUCAAAGUGAAGCACAUCGAAACCAACUGCCAUUCCACCUAUAUACACCGAAGAUUCUUUAUUUCAAAGACAGGAGUUGAUCAGGAUGGAAGCUGGACAAUCGAUCAAUACUUCUUUAAAAAAUGGCCAGACCACGACAUUCCCCAACACGCUGAAUACAUCUUAGAAUUCAGAAACGCUUUGAAAAACAGAGAAGAGAUAUCAUACCCUUUGGUCGUACAUUGCAGUGCUGGUGUUGGUCGUACCGGAUCUUACAUUUGCAUUGACAUUCUUCUAAAUGAAAUGUUGAAUAAUGAAGCUGUUGAUGUACUGGCAUGUAUCAAAAAGCUCCGCGAGGACAGGAUGCAUUUGGUUCAGAAAAGGAUGCAGCUGGAGUUCAUAUACGAUGUCUUAGUCGAGAACAUUAUCACAGCAGAUUACGACAUCGAUGUCGACGACAUUCCAAAAGAAUUCUCUAGAAUAAAACAAACAAAUGAUUCGACAAGAGGAUCAAUCUUAGAGCAGCAAUUUCAGGAGCUGAUCAAACAAGUCAAGCCGUGUAGCAUGAGUCUUACAUCAAAAGACGAGGAAGAAUUAGCGAAUUUCAAUAUCAACGGAGUCUUCAUCGAUGGACCUUCCUGUGAAAAUCAAUUCCUUGUCACGGAAAGACCAGUAGAAGGGAAAACUGUGAAUUUCCUGAGGUUUGUAAGCGAAAACUGUUAUCUGAAUAUCGUGGCCUUCUUUCAUUCAAAUCGGGAUCCACCUAACUACUUGCCAAGGACACUGAACGAAUCUGUUAAAAUUGGACCAUAUCUCCUAAAACUAGUUACUUUUGAGGAUAAAAAAAUCUGCAUACAUAGUGUUUUAAAGGUUAAGUUUGAUAACAAAAAAAAGUCGAGGAUCGAAGAGUAUCUGAUGAACCACUUCCUAGUUACCAUAUGGAUGGACAGAAAAUAUCCAUCAUGUGCCGACAUAUUAAAACUGAGCAAUAUACUGAGCGCCCAUCAGGAGAAGGAGGUCAAUAAAAAAUUCACCGUGCAUUCGGGCACGAAUUUCAACAAAAGUGGUUUGCUGUGCAUCACUCACAUUUUAAAAGAUGCAAUAACCAGUCAAUCAGUAAUCAACAUAGUACGAUUAGUGCGACUAAUCAAGAAAAUACAACCAGAAAUAGUACCCAACUGUGAAUCUUACACCUACAUUUGGGAAGUUGCUGAAUAUUUGCAAAAGGAAUCAUCUUUAUACAGUAAUUGUGUACAGUGAUACUUGGGGAUGAAUAUCUUUUAUAAAUCCAUGUUAUAUCCGUUAAGAGGUGAUGUAUACAAAAAGUCUAUUUCUUUGUUGGA